AUGAAGCUUAGCCGAGAGCAACAGGCGUCAACCGACGAGCCAGAUUCCCGGGAUCGGCGCAUUGGCCAGAAGGAGACCACGAUCCAGGACCUCACUACCGCCAACGCUGAGCUACGCAAGACGCAGGAGACGUUCAUCGGCAGUCUGAGCCAGAGGGAAACCAGGAUCCAGGACCUGACGGAGGAUCUAGCGAGCAGCUGUGGUGCGCAGGAGGUGCGGGAAUUCAAAGGGAUAGAGGAGGGCAAAAUCGUCUUGGUACGAGCUCAGAGAUGCUGUAGCGAGCGUAGGGGUUUGGUUAUCGUGGAGCAGAGUGAUCAUACGAGGAUCAGUGUGGCACGGGGGGUCUUGAUCGGUGCAGGGUUAAGGUGUGGGGGUGGGAAUGGGUUUUGUGUAUUGAAAACGGACCGUAUGGAGCACGGAUGGAGGUCCGUCUCGACGACGAGGUUGGAAUCUAUGAGUUUGAGGAGUGGAAUCAAAGGACUUGAUGAUUGGGUAUUGUGA